UGCAGAUCCGUUUGUUGUGGUCUUGUCUCUUGUGGAUUCGCAUUGACGACGGCAUCCAAAACAUUGAUUCUGCAUUCUAAUUGGAUGUAAUAUUUGGAAUGCAAUAAGAUCACGAUUUUCAAGAAGCUUUAUGCUUUUGGACCUAUCCGUACUUACUUGCACUACUUCCUUUAAAAUGUAACACUUGUACGGCUUGUAAUCCAGAUUUCAACUGUUGAUCUAGUCUGCAUAGUCGUUGGUUCAUCGUCGUCUUUCAUCUUGAAUUUUUCAGGCGCCUUUAUAUUCAUUCCUGUUGAAUAUUUUGGUGAUUUGCGACAUUUUAUUUUAAAAUUUAUUUCGUUGGCUAUUCUUGAUAACUUUUGCAUCUAUUUUAAAAUGAAAACUCUGCUGAUUCUAAUGAUUGUGAUCUUCAGCCUGGUUGUCCAUAACACAGAUGCAAAGGGAUUUGGAUACAAACGGAUGAAGUCACCUGGAAGAAACAUGAAAAUUCCAAAAUCAAGAAUGGGAGUAGGAACAGGAAUGGGUAUGGGCAUGGGGGCAGGAAUGGGUAUGGGCCUAGGCAUGGGAAUGGGUGCUGCUCUUUUGAUCCCAGUUGUCAUCCCCAUGAGGCAUGGUUAUGGAAGGCAUAGGAAUUCAUAUCGAUAUGGUACCAAAUGCUAUGCAUGUGAAGGCAUGGAUAAUGAUGUAUGUGUCAUCAGCCCUGCUACAAUCUCAAGAAGAGUCUCCUGCCCGCAUAACCAAUAUUGUAGUGUUCUGAGGAGAGAAAUCUCAUUCCAGCCCAGUAAUCCUAUUGGAAGCCACAAACAAACUGUUUUUAAUGGCAAUACUAGCGCUCUAUCAUCUAACGCUAUCCACUCUACUUCUAUGGAUGAUCCUGGGGUGACUGGCCCAUGGGCAUUGAAAAUCCCUGAAAGCAAUACAAGAGUGUUAAUAUCGCGAGGAUGCAAACCACAAGAUAUUCUUCAAAGUAAUUUAAUGACCUCGACCGGGGCGAGUGGAGACACUACUAAAACAUACAUCCAAUUCUGUCUUACGGAGUUGUGCAACGUUGGCGAUGGCCGACUGAAAUGUUACGAAUGUGAGGGGGAGGGCAGCAAUCAUAUAUGCAUGGUGAAUCCAUCCGAAGUGGCAAAAGUAGUAACAUGCGAGUCUAAUGAAUAUUGCAACAUACUUAGAAUGACAACAACCAAUGUUACCGCAUCUUUCAAGGGCCCUGUGGAAACCACCACAGUUUUCAUCUCAAGAGGUUGUAGAGCGGCUGGCGUUACAGACGAAGAUCAUGAUCCUGAAGAAGGAACAAGUCUACUGUCUCUCUCGUGUUCAUCGGAUUUGUGCAACUAUGUUGACGGCGCCGAUUUGGAUGUCAUUAACUCUGCUAACGGUUUGAAUCUUCAAGAAUUCUGUUUACUCGUUGUUGCAUCCCUUCUGAUAUUGCUGCUUUGGCAGUAGUUCCGUAACAGUUCUUCAGAACUAAAUCAUUCUCAUUGAGAUCUCAAAAUUUCUUGUCCUAAAAUUCCUGCGCUAAAUGUUUCUUGUUUUCUCAUUAGAUUAGCAAACAAGACCAAAUUUAGUCAUUUAAAAUCUAGUCACUAAGAUCUAUUUUAUUGGAAGUUGCAAACUUAUUUUGAACGGUAACCUGAUCCUUUCCUCACUACUAAAUGUUCGAUGUCUGUUUAGCCAUUUUUUCUCGUUCGAUAUUAAUCAUUGUAAUAAUACAAAAUUGUAUGGGAUUUA